AUCACAAACUAGAACAUUAGCACCAACAAGCUCCAAAGCAUCAUCACUCUCUGGAAAGCCUUCUGAAUUAGACAAGAGCUGCUUCUCAGCACAGCUACAAAACACUUUAAACCUGAGCAGCUAAAUGGAUAAACCUCUCCUGCGUAGCUUUUAAACAGGGGUCUUACCCAGCACGGGAGGCCUGCCUUGCUCGGGAGCUGGGGAGCCGGAGGAUGGAAUGCUGUGCCUGGGAAUGGCUAAAGGCAGCAGAAUGACAAAUGCUAGGUACCGGGGAAGAGCUUUUCAUUUCUCCCAGAGAAGUUGGUUUACCUUCAUCGCCUGCUGUAGCUUUGCCUUGCAGAUUGCCACUUAAUGCUGAUGGUUCUCUGAUGACUUACACAAUGGCUCUCAGAGCUUAGAGUCCCUCCCUACCCCCCCACACUCCCCCCCCUCCAUCCUUCGUCCUGUCUUCCCCACCCCCAACCCCUUCCCUAUCCUUUCCCUUCCUCAUCCCCAAAAUUCUUGCUUGUCCUCUCUAGGGAACUUUGUGUGGGUUUCUGGCACGCACGCUGGAUGGAGGUGAUGUGAGUGGCAGCCGUGCCGUGACAUGAAGAUUCUGAUGGUUUAAGGAAAAGAGACCAGUUUUCAAAAGAGAGAGGCAAAGGGGGGAGCAGAGAAGGGAAGAGAGAGAAGAAAACAGCUGGAGAAAGGCAAAGGAGGACGUUUGUGGAUGACAGAAGGAUGGGUUUCCAUUUAAUUAAGCAGCUGAGAGGCAUGAGUGUGGUGUUAGUGCUGCUUCCUACCGUGCUGCUUGUGAUGCUCGCAGGGGCUCAGCGAGCUUGCCCCAAGAACUGCAGAUGUGAUGGCAAGAUCGUGUACUGCGAGUCCCAUGCGUUCAGAGACAUCCCUCAGAACAUUUCUGGAGGGUCUCAAGGCUUAUCCUUACGGUACAACAGCAUCCAGAAGCUGAAAUCAAAUCAGUUUGCGGGCCUCAAUCAGCUCAUAUGGCUUUAUCUUGACCAUAAUUACAUCAGCUCUGUGGAUGAGGAUGCGUUUCAGGGCAUCCGCAGGCUGAAGGAAUUAAUCCUGAGCUCCAACAAAAUCACCCAUCUGCACAACAAAACGUUCCACCCCGUCCCCAACCUCCGCAACCUGGACCUGUCCUACAACAAGUUGCAGGUGUUGCAGUCUGAGCAGUUCAAGGGCCUCCGGAAACUCCUGAUCCUGCAUUUGCGGUCCAACUCGCUGAAAACCGUUCCCAUCCGAGUGUUCCAGGACUGCCGGAACCUGGACUUCCUGGAUUUGGGCUACAACCGCCUGCGGAGCUUAUCCCGUAACGCUUUCGCUGGCCUUUUGAAGUUGACAGAGCUCCACUUGGAGCACAACCAGUUUUCUAAGAUCAAUUUUGCCCACUUCCCGCGCCUCUUCAACCUCCGCUCCAUUUAUUUGCAGUGGAAUCGGAUCCGCUCUAUUAGCCAAGGGUUAACGUGGACUUGGAGUUCCUUGCACAACUUGGAUUUAUCAGGAAAUGACAUUACAGGGGUAGAGCCUGGGACCUUCCAGUGCCUCCCUAACCUGCAAAAGCUGAACCUGGAUUCCAACAAACUUACCAACAUCUCUCAGGAGACCAUCAAUACGUGGAUCUCGCUCAUCUCCAUCACUCUGUCCGGAAAUAUGUGGGAAUGUACUCGAAGCAUUUGCCCUCUGUUUACUUGGCUUAAGAAUUUCAAGGGAAAUAAGGAAAGCACUAUGAUAUGUGCAGGCCCUAAACAUAUCCAGGGUGAAAAAGUGAGCGAUGCUGUGGAAACAUAUAAUAUCUGUGCUGAAAUCCAGGUGGUGGUUACUGAAAGGUCAUACCAGCCACCCAAAACCCCCCAGAGACCUUUCUUCAUUCCCAAACCUACCAUUUCCAAACUGGAAAGCAACCAGCCAACAUCUAUUGUGCCAAGUCCUUCUGCAGAGCUCCCAACACCUGGAGUGGAACCGGAGUAUGAGCAUGUUUCCUUUCACAAGAUCAUUGCUGGGAGCGUAGCCCUCUUCCUUUCCGUGGCCAUGAUUUUGUUGGUUAUCUACGUGUCCUGGAAGCGUUAUCCAGCCAGCAUGAAACAGCUCCAGCAGCACACGCUCAUGAAGAGGCGCAGGAAAAAGGCCCGAGAGUCUGAAAGGCAAAUGAACUCCCCUUUACAGGAAUAUUACGUGGACUACAAGCCAACAAACUCUGAGACCAUGGAUGUAUCGGUUAAUGGAUCUGGGCCCUGCACGUAUACCAUCUCUGGCUCCAGGGAAUGUGAGGUUCCUCACCACAUGAAGACUUUACCCUACUACAGUUAUGACCAGCCGGUGAUCGGAUACUGCCAAGCUCAUAAGCCUCUCCAUGUAAAUAAGGGCUACGAUGCCAUGUCCCGGGAGCAGGCUGAGACAACCAACCUGGAACUCAGUCGAGACCACAGCUUCAUAGCUACAAUCGCACGUUCGGCUGCUCCAGCCAUUUACAUUGAGAGAAUACCAAACUAACAGUGGAGACAAGCUCUUCAGGGGCAGUGUGGGAGUUCUUUUGAGGGGACUUUUCAUCUCAGAAGAGACCAGGGCAAGACACUCAAAUCUACCAUUCCAGUUACAAAUGUUCCAACAGAGACAAAGGGAAGGGGCUGAAGCAACCUCCGCAGACUGUGCAAGCGCGACCUUGCAGGACCCACUGAGAACUUCAGGAUUUUCUUUGCUUUAAACUUUCAAACAAAUUCCUCAAUGUAAAUAUUAAAGAGAGAUUGUCAAGUUCUUAUUAAAACAAAACAGAGAAAAAAAAAUAGAUUUCACUCUAGCUACAUAAAGGGAUGGAUUUAAGAGUUUUGUUUGUAUAUUUGAUUUUUCUACAUUGCACGGUUCCAGGGAAGGAGAACCACAGGUAAAAACAAAAGGGGAGGGCGAGGGCUUGGGUAGGGUGGGUCAACCAUGGUCCCUUCUUCAGUGGUUAUUACUCAACAAAGAUGUGUCUCAUAUUUUUUGUUCUUUUUAAAGCAACGACAGAGAAAUCUCUAUUUUCUGGUUUUUCCUUUGGGGCUUUGGUUUCUUUUUGGUUGGUUUUGGGGUGUUUUUUUUAGUGGUCAAGCACUAAUAUUUCAACCUUCAGACAUGGGCAUUAAAGCUUAUGUUGAACCAAAAGGACAUUGGCAAUUGAUGCAGCAGAAACAAAGAAACUCGGGUGCAUGUACAUUUAAGACACAGGCUGUACACUAUGGAGGGUGCUUUUGAUUUUGCCUAUCUUCAUUGUGCUUCAUUGUUGACACUAUAAUUCCUUUUCGGGCUCUAAAAAAAAAGGGGAAAACAUGGAACGGAAUAACGACUCCUAUUUCCAGUCCAGCGGUGCUUGUUGAGCAAAAUUAAUGGACAUUUGGGAACCAAAAUGGAAGUGCUGUGCUUGGAAUGGAUCAGAAGAAAAAAUCUUUUCAAGCAAAAAGAGUAUUUGGUGCAACUCACUGGCUGACGCCAUUUCUAAACCACAGGAGAAUGUGUAACAUUGGGUUUUGGUUUUUUUUAAUUAAUUAUUAUGAUCAGUUAGUUUUUGUGUAGUUUUUAUCAAUAAAAUGACAACAACAACAAAAGUGGUGGAAAAAAAAAACAACAAAAAAUAAACAUAUGAUUUUGUGGUUGGGACACCACAGCCAA